GUAGUGCCCCGUUCCACCCCGAACAAACUUGCUUUGGACCCGGUCAGAGUCUGUUGAUCGUUGCCGACCCAAAGCCUGCGGUCCAUCGUCGUGGAUUUUCUCGGCCCGGUCUUCUUUCCCACGAAUGAUCCAGAAUUGUCUAGAGCGUGUUCGUCUCCAACCCGAGCAAUGACCAAAGCGUGGAGGGAGAAGAGGGCCUACAUCACGAGGCUCUAUAUCCACGAGAACAAGACCCUGAACCAGGUCAAGGCGAUCAUGGAGGAGGACCACGACUUCAAGGCCUCGACGAGAUCAUACCGCCAACAGUUCGACAAGUGGGGCCUGGCCAAGUACAACUGCAAGAAGCGAACUGCGCGUCGCCGGAGCCAAGACAGCGGCGGUCAUCAACAACACCAGCAUCACAGCACCGACGGCGGCGGCGAAGGAGGAGGAGGAGGAGGAGGAGGAGGAGUAGAAGAUGACAUGACCUCUGACCUAUACGCCAUGGAUCCGGACAUCUGCGGCCAUCCCAUGAGCCCGCAGAGUGUUGGCAGUAGCAGCCUCGGUUCCGAGCCGGCUGUGGACGGCGGCAUGGUUGACAUGAUGGAUCUUUCCGGCGCGGCCGCCAACUUGCACGCUCACAGAGCUCCAUACACGGCGGGGAGCUGGCCGCAGCCGCAGCUCCCGUACAUGGAACAGGCCGACCGACAGCAGCACCAAAGUGUCUCGUACCCCCAGUACCCCCAGCAUCCCCAGCAACAACAGACACAACGGCAGCAGCAGCAGCGUCGGCGGCCGUCGUGGGACCAACAGGUGACGGCGCAGAGCCCCUACGGCACGCUGCCCAGCCCGCCCGCGGACCUCCACGGUGGUGGCUUUUCUUACUACGCGGCCAUAUUCCCCGACGAGGACUCGAGCAUGUCCCCGCAUGCCGUCCUCCACCCUGAUCUUCGCCGUCAGAACAGCUACGCUCACCAGCGCGCCGGGCCACUGCACCACCAGCACCAGUACCAGCGAGCGCAUGUGUACUCCUCGGCGCGGGCCCCGGCGCCGAUGAUGCCCGAGAGGCGGGAGAGCGUCCCGUACUACGGCGGCGUUGCCUGUGGUGUCCGUCAACAGGGUCAGCAGUGAACGGGGGUCUAUGGCCGGUGGCAUGGGUGACAUCAUCUCGACGGCUUCUCGAAUUGGGGUGUGUUGCUGCUUUUGACAGCUUGUUUUCUCAUCCCUAU